AAACCCAUAAGCGUAAAAAGUCUGUGCUGCCGCCUAGCUCUAGUUCGCGCGGGUCUCUGCAGUUGGUGAGGUAACAAGUGAAGAGAAAGAGGAAUGGGGUUCUUCGACCUCAACGUGCCUUACCUGGAGGGAGGAGGAUCAGAAAAACAUGUACCCAAUAAGAGCAGCAAGAAGGACACGAGACUAAAGAUUGUAGUGAAGGCAAUGGAACUCGGCUACACUGGAGUCGCUUUUAAUCGUUCCAUCAAAGGCGUCAUGUCCGAUUCCGAUCGAUGCACCAUCUCUCUCUUUCCUCUCUCUUCUCUUCUCAAAGUGGCCCCCUCUCUCUCCACCUCCGUUAAGUUUCACAGAGAGCUCUUGGGACUUCCUUCAUCCUCUCCCUUUCGUCAGUAUACUCGUUUGACGGUCAUUGUCGACAGCUCUCUUCAGAUUCGCGCCUUGAAUUCCGGAAAUCCUGUGCUCAAGACUUACGAUUUGGUUGCUGUUCGCCCUCUGAAUCAGGUUACGUUUGAAGAAGCCUGCAAGGUUUCUGAGGUAGAUUUGAUUGCAAUAGAUUUCUCUCAGAACCUACCAUUUCGUUUGAAGCUACCCAUGGUCAAAGCAGCAAUAGAGCGCGGGAUAUAUUUCGAGAUUACCUACUCUCCCCUUAUCUCUGACAUUCAAGCUAGGAGGCAAAUGAUUUCAAAUGCAAAGUUGCUGGUGGACUGGACACGAGGGAAAAAUCUCAUUUUCUCAAGUGCUGUCCCUACCGUAAAUGAACUUAGAGGGCCAUAUGACGUUGCAAAUUUAUCAUCAUUGUUUGGCCUUUCUAUGGAACGAGCUAAAGCAGCUAUUUCCAAGAACUGCAGGACCCUGAUAGCUGGUUCUUUGAAGAAGAAGAAAUAUUUCAAGGAGGCCAUAAAAAUUGAAAAAAUUUCAUCUGGGGAACAGAUGAAGUCGGAGCCUUGGUUUGUGGAAUGUCAUAAUUGGGAUCAAAUUUCUAGUGGUGAUGGUGAUCUUCUGUUAGAUGAUAUUUCCAAGAUGUUCUCUUCAUCUGCUGAAGACCCCAAGAUUUUAAAAGCCAUUGAUUUUACUUCAAUCUCAGAAGGAACACUGUUAAACAAUAUGCAAUUAAUGGAUUCAGUGUAUGGCACUGGAGCUGAAUUGCAGGCACCAGAUAAUACUUCAGACCUGUUACAUGCAGCCAAGAAUCCUGAGGGAUUAGCUGCUGUUGUUAAAGUGUCCAAUCAAUCAAAUUGCAUCAAUGAAGUUCCUAAUGAAAAUUGGACAUCUCCGUUAAAGCAUCAAACCUCUGGUUCUGAAGGUUUUCUGGAGCCUGUGACACCAAAUGAUACAUCAGCAGUUUUCAUUGGUUCCCAGAAAGAGACUCCUAAACCAUGGGAUGGGGAGCUUAGGAGUUCAAAUAGGUGUGACCCCAUUUUGGCUACAGUUGGAACAGAACUGCAUGAUAUAGCGUCCAGAGAUCUCAUGACUACCUCUGAAAAUCCUGCAUUUCCAGGUGAUACCACUAUAGUUCCUGCUUCUGAUGCAUGCAAUGAGCCUAUGGAGUCUGGUAUGUUGGAUGUGGUUUCACCAUCAAAGUGUAUUUCUCCUAUUGAAGGCGAUCUGGUAUCAUCGGUUGAUACUCUGGAACACUCUACUCCAUCCAUGGACAUUGGGUGUUUGCAAAAAAAUGUUGAUGCAGUUUCAGGUGUCCAGGAUAUUAGAAUGAAGUCAGUCAUAGCUGAGAGAGUAGACCAGGAGCAAAGAGACUUUCAUUUGAGUGUAUCUAAUGUGCCUUUGCAAGAUGGUUUUGCAAAAGCAGAAGGGAUUGAGGAGCAUGGAGAUGGUGUAGUUCCUCUUAUAGGUGAGAUGCAGUUCCCAGAAUCUUAUGAUGAGAUGAAAGGAGAUGCAGACUUGAUCUUAGACGAUGAGCCACUAAAGGAGGUUUUAAUUGAAACAGAAGAGCAAAAAGGAGUUAACUGUCAAAAGACUCAAAACAACACCAUGACAUUGGACAAGUCUAAAUUGGGUAAAAGUAGAUUACGAAGGAUAAGUUAUAGGCCUUCGCCAUUUCCUUUCAAGUGUUUGUUGAAACAUGUUCUAUUCAAGAAAUCUCGAAAAAUAAAAAACAGGAUAAGAAUCCCCUCUCAUAUUUGUUAAUUUCUUAUUUUUAUCUGCAGUAGUAAAGAGUAGCUGUUGAUGUAUUUCUUUACCUAGCUAAUUUUUAUGUGUAGCAGUUAUAUUUUUUUUUAUAAGUGAUAUCAUUUGAUUAAUGCCUAAAUUUGGUAAGAGAAAA